AACAUUUAAUCGUCGUUUAAAAAUGUUAUAUAGUUAUAUAACACUUAAAAUUCAUUUCUUGAGAAAGGCCCACACUUGUGCAAAGAAACAAAGUCGUUACAGAUCACACGUUCAGUCUAAUUGCCGCAUUAUAGCGUAUCAGUUUAACCAAGUUUUAGAAAUGUAUCGAAUAGUAUUUUACAUUCUCGUGUCUGCAAUAUGGAAAUGCUGUGUUACAGAGAUAUAUAACGAGAACGAUAUGAAUCUUAGAGUGGAAGCGGGCUCCAGGACGUGUUUCUACGAGGAAGGGAAAGCUGGUCAAAUGUUGGAAGUUCAAUACGAAGUAGUCGACGGCCAACACGGCGACUGGGACAUUUCAUUCGAAAUUUUAGACCCUCACGAGAAUAAACUUCUUGAGGAUUAUAAGAAAACUCGAAAUCAAGUAAUUUUUGAUUUGGAAGUAGACGGUGAAUACGUUUUCUGUUUGGAUAAUACAUUCAGUUUGAUGAACUCGAAAUUAGUGUUUGUAUAUGUGCUAUUUGAGAACAAGGAAGAAACUCACGAAGGCAUCGAAGUUAGCGUUGUGGAUCAACAAGGUCACGAACAACCGGAACAUGAGGUUCUCGAAUGGGAAGGAGUCGACAAUGAUGGAAAGCCGUAUUUCAUUGAAGUCACUAAUAUAACAAAUUGCAUGACACGUAUACUGAAAAACGUUGUAAAAGCACGCCAUUUACUGGACUUGUAUGCAGUUAGUAAGACUCGCGAUAGUUACUUAGCUAUAGAAGACACUUUCAUUGUGGAUAUGUGGUCUGGAUUUCAAAUAAGCUUCAUGUUGAUUGUGGGUAUGGUUCAAGUGUAUAUGAUAAAGAAAUUAUUCGAUCGUCCAGGACGGGCGCUGACCUUUUAGUCGUAUUCAUUUAAGUUGACGAAAGUUAAUACAUUUUAUUAU